ACCACAAAAUUCAAAUCCGAAUGCUUUUCGAUUUCACACAAUCAACAUUAAAACCACUUUCACUAUUUUAAAUUUUGAUCACAAAAUACACAGUAUAUCUACUGCCCGAUUUUGUUCCAAAAAAUUUUGAAUUAUGGAAAGAAAAAAGAUUUUUUUCCAUAAUUUUUAACUUUGAAAAAGUUACACUUUGUACGGUAAUAAGUCUUCAGGUUGUUGGAUAAGAUACUCAGAGGAAGAGCAGGUGGAGAGGGAAAAAGAAAAAGAAGAUGUCUGGUGGAGGAAGUGAAGAAGGAGUUUCAUUAGAGUUCACACCCACAUGGGUGGUGGCUGCUGUGUGUACAGUGAUUGUAGCUAUAUCUUUGGCUGUAGAGAGAUCUAUUCAUUAUGGUGGCAAAUAUCUUAAGAAGAAGAACCAGAAACCCCUUUAUGAAGCCCUCCAAAAAGUUAAAGAAGAGUUGAUGCUUCUGGGUUUCAUAUCAUUGUUAUUAACAGUAUCUCAGGGCUUGCUCUCCAAAAUCUGUGUACCUGAGCAUGUGAUAAAUAAUAUGCUUCCUUGUAGUCUCUCUGAAAAAGGAGGACAUGAAUCCAACACUACAACAACUGAACAUUUUCAGAGGUUCUCUACUUCUAGAAUUUCUGGUACCGCUAGGCGUCUUCUGGCUGAAUCAGCGGAAUCCCAGCUUGGUUAUUGUGCCAGAAAGGGUAAGGUGCCAUUGUUAUCUAUAGAAGCUCUACAUCAUUUACAUAUCUUUAUCUUUGUCCUAGCCAUUGUCCAUGUUACGUUCUGCGUGCUUACUGUUCUGUUUGGAGGGGCAAGGAUUCGUCAAUGGCAGCACUGGGAGAACUCAAUUGCAAAAGAUCGAUAUGAUACAGAGGAAGUUAUUAUGAAAAAGGUUACCAACGUCCAUCAGCAUACAUUUAUCCAGGAGCAUUUUCUGGGCAUUGGUAAAGAUUCAAUUCUGUUAGGUUGGGUGCAUUCUUUUUUCAAGCAAUUCUAUGCAUCUGUAACAAAAUCAGAUUACAUAACUCUGCGGCUAGGUUUCAUCACGACACACUGCAAAACAAAUCCAAAGUUUAAUUUUCAUGCCUACAUGGUACGAGCCCUUGAAGAUGACUUUAAGACGGUUGUUGGUAUAAGUUGGUAUCUUUGGAUAUUUGUGAUCAUUUUCUUAUUGCUGAAUGUUAAUGGCUGGCAUACAUAUUUCUGGAUAGCUUUCAUUCCUUUUGCUCUUCUACUUGCUGUGGGCACCAAGCUGGAGCACGUAAUCAUCCAAUUGGCUCAUGAUGUUGCUGAGAAACAUGUAGCCAUAGAAGGGGACUUAAUAGUUAAACCGUCAGAUGAUCACUUUUGGUUCGGCCGCCCCCACAUUGUCCUAUUCUUAAUUCAUUUCAUCCUCUUCCAAAAUGCUUUUGAGAUUGCAUUUUUCUUCUGGAUAUGGGUUCAAUAUGGCUUUGAUUCCUGUAUAAUGGGACAAGUCAGAUAUAUCGUGCCCAGGCUAAUUAUUGGGGUAAUCAUUCAGAUACUCUGCAGUUACAGCACUCUUCCACUUUAUGCCAUUGUCACACAGAUGGGAAGUUCUUUCAAAAGAGCUAUAUUUGAUGAUCAUAUUCAAGCUGGCAUUGUUGGUUGGGCACAAAAAGCGAAGAAGAAGAAAGGCUUAAGAGCAGCAGCAGCAACUGAUGGAUCUAACCAAGCAAGCUCUCAUGAAAGUUCUGUCGGAAUUCAGCUUGGCAAUAUGAUUACCAAGACGUUCUUGUUUGAGCAGAAGAAGUUAAAAGAAUCGAAGGGAGAUGAUGUUAAAGAAGAGCUUGAUGUUUCUAAGAAAGAAACUGGGGUUAAAGUGCAACAGAUUGAGCAAAGUAAGAGUGAGAGCAAGGUCGGCACUCCAGUUGAUGAAUUGCUUGUUGUUCCUUAUCAGAACUUAGCACCUGCUUCUAAUGACGUUGCAGAAAUUAAGCAGCUGUUGGACAAGCUUGUGGUUGUGAAAUUCAAUGGUGCUUUCGGAACUGCAGUGGGGUUCAGUGGCCCCAAGUCUGCAAUUCAAGUUCAAAAUGGUUUGACUUCUCUUGACCUAAUCGUUAAUCGAAUUCAGUCGCUCAAUUCCCAGUAUGGGUGUCAUAUACCUUUGAUGCUUUUGAAUGGAACUAGUACACACGAUGAUACAUUGAAGGCUCUGAGGAAAUAUUCCAAGUCUAGCAUUGACUUUCUUCCCCUGAGCUUGGAUUCUCUUGACGAGCAAAACAGCAAGGACAAAUUGUAUCCUUCUGAGGAUGCUGCAGUGUUCCUUUCCCUGAUGAACAGUGGAACUAUAGAUGUGUUGCUGUCACAGGGAAAGGAGUAUGUGCAUGUGGUUAGCUCAGAUAACAUUGCUGCUUUUGUUGAUCCUAAAAUCUUGAAUCAUUUGAUCCAAAAUGAGAUUGAAUACUGUAUGGAGGUGACGCCAACCACAGCAACUUACUUGGAGAAUAAUUUGAUUAGUCAGCGCCAAGGAAGGGUUCAGCUCGGAAAAAUUAAACGGGAUCUUUCAAAGCAUGCAAUGGAGGAGUUCGAAUUUAUUGAUACAAGAAGCUCAUGGAUGAAUUUGAAAGCCAUCAAAAGGCUUGUGGAUACUGAUGCACUGAAGGGAAUAGAUAGCAAUAAAAUACUUCCACAAGAAACAUCAGUUGGAUCGGCAAUGGGGUUAUUUAGUCAGCCUAUUGGCGUAAUUGUACCUCAAUCUCGGUUUGUUCCACUAAAUACAACAUCAGACUUACUGCUUAUCCAGUCAGAUCUGUAUUCAUCUGCUGAAGGCGUCCUAGUUCGAAAUACAGCUAGAGCUAAUCCAGUGAAUCCAUCUAUUGAUUUAGGACCUGAAUUUGCAAAGGUCAGUGACUUUCUAAGUCGCUUCAAAUCCAUCCCUAGUGUAGUUGAGCUUGAUAGCUUGAAGGUGACUGGUGAUGUGUGGUUUGGUGCUGGCAUAACUCUUAAGGGGAGAGUAAGUAUUGUUGCUGAGCCUGGAGUAAAAUUAGAAAUUCCUGAUGGAGUAGUACUUGAGAACAAGGAGAUUCAUGAUUCCGCUGAUAUAUGAGGACCCUUCAACCCAUUUGUUGUUCAUUAUUAGAGAGUAGAAAGAGAAAUUUUGUAUCUGGCUAUUACCAUUUUUAACUGAUCAAAGAUAAUAAUAAUGAAUGGUAUAGAGCGACGAAAUGCUCUAUUUGUGUGCCAUUUGUAAGGGCAAUUUAAGCCUGCACUGUAUCAAUUUAAGCAUGUUUAGGAGUGAAAUCAACAAGAAUAGGCAAAACUUGUUUGAAGUUAUUUUAUUUUAGAACAAAAAUGUGAUUUUUUGAGAUCAAUCUGAGGAUCCCUAUAUGGAUAAUACA